UAAAUUUGGUGAAAUAAAGAGCUAGUUUAGACCACUUUGACGAUAAAAGAGUUUCAGCGUAUAACAUACACUAAUUGAAGUUAACAUACGCCAAAACCGCGAAACCGAUAGCAUAUCAGACUAGUAAGAAACAGAUUCUACCAAGAAUAAACACAGCAGAUUUUCAACCUAUACAACUAGUUCAAUAUAAUCAACUAAUACAUCAUCUUCUCCAUAUAAAUUCGAGUCUUUUCACGCUCAUAUCUUUAAUUUUUCGAUUUUUCAACCUAAGCUUCGCAACCCACACCUUCAUACUAUCAAUAUGAGUGAACCAGCAGUUGAAACCAUCCACAAGGAAAAGAAGUCAAAAGAAGACAGACCAUACAAAUGCACUUUCUGUGACAAAGCGUUCCAUCGUCUUGAACAUCAGACCAGACACAUCAGAACUCACACCGGCGAAAAGCCACACGGCUGCACAUUUCCCGGCUGUACCAAGAGAUUUUCCAGAAGCGAUGAGUUGACGAGACACUUAAGAAUCCACAACAACCCUUCUUCCAGAAAGAGAAAGAACAAAAAUGGGCCGAUCGUCAGUAAUGGAAACCUCGCCAGUCCCACAAACGUGAUCAAUAGCAACGGUCAGAUCACUGGUGACGGUAUUCCUCUUCAGGUACAGCCUGUUUUCCAACAAGUUUCAGCAGCUAUCCCAUUUUCCAUAGAUAGAAACGGCAAUGCUGUCUACCAUCAGCCAUAUCCUGUGUACUUUAUUCCACAGCAGAUGCCUCCACAAGUGCAAAGUAGUGUUCUGACAGGAUCGUUACCGAAUAUGAAUUCAACAUAUAGCUCUAUUCAGAACCAACAAGUACAACAAGCUCAAAAUCAACAGAUUUCUCAGCAACUUCAAAACCAACAAAUUCAUUCUCAACAGCAACAGAUUCAACAACAUCCUCAGCCUCAGCAUCAUUACAAACAAGAAGGAUCUGCUGUAUUCUCGUUACCUUCAUCUCCUACCAACAUCUCUCACGGUAACAGAACUGCAAGGCCGGUGAUUUUAGAUAGAACAGUGCUGUCUGACGCAAUAAGGCUUCCCACUAUAAGCAAUUCUCAGAACACGUCUCCUUCUUCUUCUAACCGUAUUCCAGCUAUCAGCAAACUGGAAUCUACUUCUUCAAUUUCUUCUGGACAACUUUUCAGCCAUUCGGGUCUGAUGUCUACAGCCAACUCUGCUGCUGAAUCAUUGGGAACUUCGCCAGACACCUCUUCCAACAGUGCGUUCUCGAUGCAUCCACCAGCUCACCACACUGCACCAUCAUUCAGCAACUUGAACGAGUAUUUCCAGCAGAACCAACAGAAGUAUAACAACAGCGCUCGUUUGUUCAAUGCCCUGCUGACUUCACUUAGUUCUUUGAGUGGUAAGAUUAAAUCUUCUUCGUCUGCUACGAAUUUGACCACAUUGUCAUCUUUCCAGAGAAUGACCCCAUUGAAGCCAGCACUUAGCAGUACAGCUUCAACGAGCAAUAUCCGAACCGUAAGCGGUAGCAAUUUACAUAUCCCCAAGCCUUCAUCUUCUACGUCUUUGAAUUUGGAAUUCUUCAAUUCGCAGAAUGGCCAUUCUUCUGGUCCUUCUAACAAGAAAUCUAGACCAAAUUCUCCAUCCCUGACUCCAUCACUGACUCCUUCUCUGUUGCUUAUGACGUCAUGUUCCAUGUCCAGCAACAACUCUUCUUCAAUCAGAAAAGGUGGACAAGGCCAGUUCCUCAUUUCUCCAAAUGAUACUCCACUCCAGACACCUUCUCAAUCGCCACACUUGCAACCUCAAGCUUUCAACCAUGACGCCGAAAAGAAUGGUAUGAACUUGAUUUCUGCUGCUGCUCGAAACAUUCAGAACGAAGAGAAAGACAGGAGUAUUGCGACGACUGGGACGCAACUUCCACCCAUCAGAUCUGUUUUAAGCUUCACUAACUUGAGCAGCUUUCCUCCACCAUUAACUGGAAGCUCUAGUGCUCUUAUCACACCAGCAGAUGAAGAUGGAAAGAAGUCCAGAAUCGCCGACUUGCUAAGCUAAGUUUGCCAAGCUGGCUGAUAUGUAGAUGACUUGACGAUAAUGGCACGAUACGGUAAUUAGUAUAAUAGUUCAUAAUAAUACGCGAUUUAUAGAG